GCGGGUCUUUCCUGAACUGCAUUCAUUCCCUCUCGACAUCAGCCACUUUUCACAUCGCCGUCACCACCACUUCGUUUCAAGAGUUUUCCAGUUUUCUUUUUCUCUUGCUUCUAUAGGCACCGCCUUUCUGAACUACGAAGAUGCCCGUUUGAAUACAGUUUGAAUCGUCGAUCGACGUCUGCAACGCAGUCCCCGCAGAUUGCACAACGGCAACGCUCUCCAGCAUGAGGGUCUUCCCACGCCGUGUUCGUCCAAAUUGCCACCACGAUGGAGCCUCAACCACCACGACAGCCGUUCCAUCGGCCUUCGCACCCUCGUCUUCACAACAUCCUCCCUCCUCCGCCCUCGCAUAUCCCGUCCCGAACUGCCAGUAGCACCCCGGUGUCCUCGCCGGGGCUCUUCAGCCCGGUCCUGCCCCGCCCCAGCAUACUCUCGUCGUCACAGCCCGGCUCCGAGACGGCGACGCCCGGCGGUUCCAAUGGUCACAGCCCCUAUUUGCAUCCGCUGCAGGGCCACAAGGUCCGAGAGACACACAAAGCAAACGUCGAACAUGACUACACAACCGGCAGGAAGCACAUCAAUAAUUACGAAAUCAUUGAGGAGCUUGGCCGCGGCGUGCAUGGCAAGGUGAAGCUUGCCAGGAAUGUGGAGAAUGGCGAAUUCGUCGCCAUCAAGAUCAUCCCGCGCUUCUCCAAGAAACGGCGGCUUGGCAAGGUCACGGCCAUGUCGACUCAGGACAAGAGCAAGAAGGAGAUCGCCAUCCUCAAGAAGAUCCGCCACCCAAAUGUCGUCGCCCUGCUCGAGGUCAUCGAUGACCCCGAGCUGAAAAAGAUCUACAUGGUGUUGGAACAUGUCGAAUUGGGCGAGGUCGUGUGGAGAAAGAAGGGUCUUCCUCAUAUUUGUGAAUACGAACGUCGCCGCAUCGAACGUGAGACACGAGGCGCCAAAUCGACCCCCGAAGAGGACCGAUUCGAACGCCUUCUCUUGCAGCGUCAGGCCGCCAAGGAUGCACAACGGGAGAGGUUGCGAGCCCGCGCUCAGAGGCCUUCAACCGACUACUGGAGUCUCGAGUACGGCGCCGCCGACGAUGAGGAGCUCGACUCGCACGUCGGUUCGCUCGGGAGGGACGAUGGGGGUCUGUCGGCUAUCCGUCCGACUCUAUCGAACACGAGCUCUCUUGCUGGAUCAAGAGCGACUUCCCGGGCUCCGUCCCGCUCGCAGUCGACCAAAUCCCUCACGAACCCUGCCGAGCCGAAUCCCGCGCCAGCCGCCGACAACGAUGACGCAGAGACGCCCGGCGCCUUGCCCAUCAAAUCCAAGCCCAACUCGUCGACCGUAUUGGACGGAACCAUGUACGGCCCUUAUGUCGAGGAUCCCGCCCUGCGGGGGAGGUCUCCCAGCAUGGCAGACUCGCUCAUGUCCCACUUGUCCUCCUUCGACUUUAACAAGGUCCACGACCCGUACGUCGACGACUUUUCGUACGUGCCUUGCUUUACCAUGGAGCAAGCAAGAAAUACAUUCCGCGAUACUGUCCUAGGCCUCGAGUACUUGCAUUACGAAGGUGUGGUUCAUCGAGAUAUCAAACCAGCAAACUUGCUCUGGACCAAGGACAAGAGGUCCAAGAUCGCCGACUUCGGCGUGUCCUACUUUGGCCGGCCCGUCCGCGAAGGAGAACCCGACGAUACCAUUUCCGAGUCCGAAGCGCGGGACUUCGAUAACGACCUCGAGCUUGCCAAGACGGUCGGCACACCCGCCUUUUUUGCUCCCGAACUCUGCGCUACCGACCUUUUCGAUGCCCCUCCUGGGCAGCAGCCGAAGAUUACCGAGCAAAUCGAUGUCUGGUCGUUGGGUGUCACGCUUUAUUGCCUGAUCUAUGCUCGGCUACCCUUCUUGGCCGAGGACGAGUGGCAGAUGUUCAAAAAGAUCGCAAACGAGGAGGUAUACAUACCGCAUCGGCGACUUCGACCUGUCGACCCUGCCACCAAGCCUAGCGAGAAGUCUUUAUACACACGAGUGAACAAGCCACCGUACCGAGACGACGACGAGCUCACAUACGAAGACAUCGACCUCGAACUUCAGGACCUCCUCAAGAAGAUGCUCACCAAGAACCCGGAAAAGAGGAUCCGCCUGCGCGACGUGAAACGGCACCCUUGGGUUAUGCGGGGCGUGGAUAUCAUGUCGUGGAUUGACGACACGGACCCCUCGAGGAAGGCGUCGGGCAAGAAGAUCCAAGUUGAUGAGAAGGACAUGGCUCGUGCUGUUGUCCCGCUGAGCUUGAUUGAGCGCGCAAGAUCCGUGGUCAAGAAAGCGGUGGGCAAGGUGAUGCACCCUCGCGGGGACCGUACAGAGAGCGUCUCGUCUCGGCGGCGCGCUGCCAGCAGCGCCGCCAGCUCGGCAGGCGACAUAACCAAUCUGAUCACGCCCCAUUUACGAGAUACCCGACGAAGAAGCCUACGCCCCGAUGAUUACUUUUCCAACCCCUCGCAACAACAAACAAGCGGGCAUCCCCUCACGCACAGCGUACUAGCUAGCCCUGUAUCUGGGUCACCUCCCGUCUCUUCUCCACUGCACCAAUCGUCAUCAAUCGGCAGCCGCGGAUCUCGCAGGCCGCUCGAGCUGCUCACAACACUCACCGGGAGGGACGACCACUGGAAUCGACAGGCAUCCGCCUCCCCGCACCGAGCACCAACUCGACACGGGCAAUCCAGGUCCAUCACGAACGCUUUUUUAGCUCUCACGCCUACUCCGAUCGAAACGCAGACGCUUCCGCCAACACCUCUCUUCGAUAGCCCUGUGGACGAUCCGAGUAGCGCGCUCAGAAAAGCCCGGGAUAUCAAGUCAAACGCAGACGAUCUCGGCCGAGCCCGAUCGGUUGACCGUGGCCUGUUUGUCAGCAACGAUAAACGUGCCGAAGCUAGGGUGGCGCUGAGCACCGCCAUUGCCCCGGGAAAUGUGCACUUCGACCCGCAGACUCGCUCUGUACGGUCGACGGAGCUCACGGAAGGUCCUGAGCACGCUUCCUCGGCCACGGUGCCUCCAGCGGCGGGCUCCCUCUCUGGAUACCCCCGCGGCCAGUUUAAAUCGGAUCCCAAUAUGCACAACAAGCAGCGUAGCCUCGUGGUGUUGGAGGAGAGGCCGGUGACGGCCCAUCGUGCCGAAGCGGUGCGAAAACCAUCGACACCUGAGCCUGCAUUCACCCGCUGCCCGUCAUCCCCGGAUGACGACACAUUCCCGCCGAUGCCCCUGUCCAGGGGUGAGACUAUCGCGACGGGCAAAUCGUCUAGCUCGACGUCGAUGGGCGCGCUUACAACCCCGUUGACCAGCCCGAGCGAGUCAGCGAGCCCCAUCUACGGGCUCAAUAACCAGAUGACUAAGGAGGUAGCCGACCGGAUGGUUGCGUUCCAGUCGGACCCGUCGCUGCCUGCCUUGCUCAGCAGCACGAGUUCCGUCUCGGCGGACCCGGAGGGCGAGUUCCUCGGGAACCCAGGAGUCGUGGGCCGGCCGUCGGUAAUUGACACCACUGACUCGCUCACACCACCGGCCUUUUCCAAGGAGCCCAUGUCGGGAUUCCCGCUAGAAGCGCGGGACGAGGGUGCCGUAUCCACGAGGUUUGACGGCUCCAGUGUCCGCACUCCAGUGGGCGGCAGACUCCCUGCUAGUCGGAGGGGCUCGCGGUGCCAUCACGACGAUGAUGACAACGACAACAACAGCGAUAGCGAUGAGGGUUUGACCAUGGCCAGGCCGAAGAAGAAGUCUACCGGGCCUUCGAGUUCGGCCGCUACCACGCCUCCCAAGGAAACGCAAGCACAUACGCAUGGGGUGGAAAGACUGAUUGGGAAUGCGCGGCGGCGGAACACGAACGCGAGCGUGGGCAGCACCGAAACAGCGAAGAAGAUGUUUGUGGAUAGCGACUAGCCGGCCCACUCGCCUUUAAACUGCGUCUGAGCAAAAAAAAAAGAAAAACAUUACACCUUAUCAUCGAUGAACCACGCCCGGUCGCUCGGUCAUCUUCGGGUAGACUGUCUACCACUGGCUUAAGCAUGCUUGACGCCGGCAUGCAUGCGUGUAUCAUCAUAUCAUAACGGCGCAGGUGGGAGUUGGGGUUAUGGUUCUACUUGGUUGGUUCGGUUUGGGAGCAUGCAUGGAACGGGGUUAGCUGGCGAAGGGUGGCUGGUUGGUGGGAGGGCGGAUGGCGGGGGAGGAGUUUCAAUGUUCCUGGUCUGAUCAUUUACUUACCACAUUUACAUUCUCGG